CCUUGUCGCGGGUUAGAUCCCCGCGUAGGACAACCAUUUAUGUGAUGACGAAUGCGACCACGACUGCUUGUUCUGAGUCUGGGUGUCUUUGUGCAUGUGAUUUGUAUGUUUGUGAAACCCCCGCGACACAAGGAUUAAAUUGACUGGAAAGAUUGACUCAAAUUUCUGGGACCUUUGGAAACUUAUCUCUUCAGACUUUAUUAUAUUUAUUGCCGAAUUUAGGCUGUAUGGUUCCUAUCUAACAAUUUCCUUUAACUUAACUAAUAGCUUAUUUACUAAACUAUACCUUGGAACUUAAUAAAUUAAAGUGCCUAAGUAUAAAAUGUCACCCAGAACCACCGUCGUUAAUAAAUUGGUAAUUCAAUAAAGUGCUAUACAAAUAAUCUACACAAUACAUUCAAAUUUUAUGUAGGUACGAAGAUAACAAGUAAAAUAACUCCCCCUGUUGUGUUAUCUUUAAAUAAUUCGUUACACUAAAUCUUUGAAUAAUUCUGACUUAGUUGACUAAAAGAUGGCGGUAUCUAAAUAACUUCAAGUCUAGGUCACAACGUUUAUUUUACUGCCAUUAUUUAUUUCAGCCUGUAUUUAAAUCAACCAUAGUGAAUAUAAUAUAUUUUAGCAUAGCCUAGGUAAAUACUAGGUCUGUGGUUUGACUUAAAUAGUCGUCACUCGGCUAAAACAAUGUUUGAAAUAACGGUUGCCAUAGCAACGCGAAAUGUGUACAGCGUUGCACGUAUUUAAUUCACAACGCGCUCUAUACAACAAAUAGAAGUAUUUCUUUAUUAGUUUUGUAUUAAAAAUAGAUUUAACUUAGUUUAUUUUUUUGGAAGAAAUCUAGUUUUUAAAAAUACCUAUCUUGCGAAUGUAGGUCAGUGGGGGAAUGUUCCUUCAUUUUUCAGUGAUGUCAAGCCAAUAUUAAAAGCUAAUAAACAUGGAUUCGACAUCAAAAAGGUCCAGCGAGAAGCCAAGACGAGAAAAACAAACGAAAGACGACUUAUCUAAAAUAACGCCAGACGAUAAACUCAAAAAGUCAUCAUUCACAAUUUCAACACCCAGGACCUUCGUACAAAAAACUACAACAGCUGACAUUUACGGGCAAAAGAAAAAGAGCGCUGUCCAAAGCGUGAAAGCUCCAAAGAAGUCACCAACAGCUUCACACUCGACGAGCAAUGUAUCACCAAUGAACGACUAUUUAAAAACGACGCCAUCUUCCAGCCAAGUCAGCUUACGGAGUGAAAAAAAACUGACAUCCACAAAAAAAGUUGAGGCUAAGGUAACAAGACCUUCAGCCACGCCGCGAAGCAAAAUAGCUAAUGUCAUCGCUAACUCGCCGAACGUAAAACGAAAACUGAACAUGGAUUUGGAAAAAGAAAAAAGCUUUAUAAAAGAUAUGGAAAGGAAAGAGAAAAGUUUCAUAAAAGAUUCAAAGAAAAAGGUCGACCGCGAGAAAGAAAGGAGUUUCAUCAAAGAAGUUCCUAAUACAAAAGAGCGAGGAAAAGAAAGGAGUUUUAUAAAGGAUACCGGAAAAGAUAAAAAGGAGAAAGCUUUAUCUUUUGGCGAAAGGCAAAGAACAAAAACAAGGACUCUGGAAGAAAAUGAAGUGAAAAUAUUAACGUCUGAGGCAGUGGAUAAUAAUGCUGAGAUGUUUAAUUUAUCGAGACGUCUUGGCGCCAAUCCGAAAGCGUAUUACAUUGAUUUUGAAGAAGGGAAGCCGGGUCAGAGUAAAAAGGAACCUCCCCAUAAGCCCAGUAGUGAUGAAGACGUAAGCUACGAGGACGAUUUUGAGAGCUACGAGUCGGACUUCGAUUCCUAUCACAGUUCUGCACCGAGUGAACAGAACGCCAGUGAUGAGACAGGUGAUGGUGAUGAGAAUGAUGAUGGUGAUGAUGAUGAGAGUGAAGCGGUUGAGACUAUAAAGGAGGUCAAGGAUGAUGAGAAGAUGUUGGAUUCAGGCAGUUUCGAUCUCCGCGACCAACGCUCAGCUACCAAGCUGAAGCCAGCUUUAGCCUUCAUCUUCGAGACGGCGGAAGGUGUGGAGAAGCCCAGCUCCCUCACUGAUGAGGGCUUCCAGGAGAUGAGCAGUUCAUCAGCUGUCUCCAGCAUGAGGACUGUACACAUCGAUGUCUUGGACAGACCUCUUUUCAUAGACUUCACAAAAUCCAAAGAGAAUAGACGUAGAAAGCGAAUCGGAGACAGACUGAAACAAAGAGCCAAGGAUUUACUCAGCAUCAUAACUCUGCACGAAAUGUCCUACGUUCUAUUCGAAAUGAAACCUAUUUCAUACGACCUGUAUAUGGCAACAUUCGGCAGAUCAAAUUACACCCAAAGUGCGGCUCAGACAUUCGACGAUGGUAUCACCGAAGAAGUCCAAACGGAUGAGAUUGAAAUCGAAAAUAAAUGGACACAACACCCAGUGGAGUUUACAAAAAACGAUAUUUGCAUUAAAGAAAAAGUAGAAUCUCGAAAAUAUAGUAAAAAUAUGGAUGAUUAUUUAACUAAGUUUACAUUUUUGACAGCUCAAAAUAGUGAUGUGGAACGUAAGAAUGCGAUUAAUAUCGAUGAAAGUUACAAAACGGAUCCGUUAAGAAUAUAUUUUGAACAAAAAGAUGGCGUCGGCAGCGAAAUGUUACCUUACGAUACUUAUAAAACUAAAUUAAAAAAUGCUGAAUACAAUACUCAAAGAUUGGGAAAGUUUCUAAAGAAGAUUGAAAGUAGAAUUAGUAAUGUUUUGAAUACUAACGCUGGCAACACUGAACUGUCAGAACUUAAAGUGACAAGCAUGCCUUUCAGUAAAGGUUAUGUUUCUAUAUCAACUAAGUUUAUAACUAACGAAAACAUUUCAUUUUUGAGUAAAACGAAGAUUACUGAGAUGAUUUUUUCUGAAACUAAAUCGAAUUUGAUCAUGACAGUACAUAAAGACUCUUUAGAUGUCGGGAAAUGUACCAUUUGUCUAUGGGACAUCAGUGUUGCCACUCGAGAACCUAUUAAAAUACUGAUAGCUAUAGACAAUAUAGUCGUUGGUAGAUUAAGGGGAGCAACGGAUGGAUAUUUUGUUGCUGCUUUAAAUGAUGGCUCAAUACACCUAUGGGAUUUAGCAGAGCAACCAACAUGGCGGGACGAUGUUGCUAGUAAUGAAAAACCUACCGAAUUGGUAGAAGUUAACGAAGAGAAGCUUACGAAUGUCGAGAGAGAUCGGGAGUGGAAUAGUAAGAAUAGUCUGUUGGGACACGAAAAGCGCAGCUUACCCUGCCUGCUUCAAUCUUGCGCCUUCACAAACAGCGCUCACAACAUGAGUUGUGGGGACUCGGCUGGCGGUGUGGUGGGUCUGCAACUGGUGGGAGACCCUCAAACUAUCAGCCAAGAUGGCAGAAGGGUUGUGGGACAGGUCGUGUCAUUGCAAACUACAGGUGUACUAACAAUAUGGUCGAUAAUACAAGAAAAAUCUAAGACAGUGCCACCGGACAUCGGCAAAGCUUUCUGGUCCAGAAUGAAGCUGGAAAAGUCUCAAACAAUAUCAAUAUUAGACCAUAUAGAUAUACCUCUAAAACACGAACAAAAUGGCGCCUCUAACUUCAAUUUAAACGCGGCAAAACGCAGAAUAUUAAACAGAAAACAAGAACGCAAUGUCAUAAAAAAAGAAGUUUCUCGCCCAAAGUCUGCCAUUAGCUUCGAUUUUGACUUUGACAGACCGUCGAGUGCUGCCAGUGGUAAAAUUAAACGAGUGUUGUCAGUCGAAAAAUAUGAUUACAAAAGCUGGGAAAGUGGUUUAGUGUGUUGUGAUCUCAAAGUUAUGAGUUUUAUGAAUAGAGAUAAUUAUUUGAUAGCAAGGAAUUGUGGUGAAGUGUUGUGCUGUAGGCGAAUAUUAGGGGCGGUCAAAGUGAAUAAGUUUUGUGUUGGAGCUGAUGCAUCAUCAGUGACCUGUGUGGAGGUCUCUCCGCACCACCUCCCAUACUUCCUCGCCGCCACCGAUACUGGAACCAUCAGCGUCUGUUCCAUGAUAGAGAACAGAGUCCUACUUACACUGGACUGUCGGAACAUACAAGCUCAAGACAUGGAGAAGUACCAGUCGGACCACAAGGGUCGUUACGUCAGCUCUGUGUCUACUCGGUCACCACUCGACGGGGGAGGACCCAAGGACAUGAUGUGCUACCUAAGAGGCGGCCAGCUAAUAAUAGGGUGGAGAGAGGGAAGAUCCAAGCCUGUUGCUAUGCCAGAUGGGAACAGCCUGAGAAAUCUAUCAGUGACGUCAUUAUCUUGGUCGCGUGUGAACCCGUGCUGUUUGUUCGCGUCGCUCAUAGAUGGCAGCAUUGUCGAAUGGGAGUUGUCCCACAGCGACAUCUACGCCAAAUGCGCGAGAGAUUCCGCGGCCAAUGCCUGUAUAGCGGGGGAUAGUACGCUGGCACUGUUGACACCGGAAGGCGAGGUGCAAGUACACAAACUGACGAACGAACACAAAACCAAAGAGUAUUUACUUCUAUUCGAGAAGUAUGUUGCACUUUUGUAAAUGUAUUUGUUGUAUCUACAAGUUGUAUCACUGAUCUCAAUAAAUAUAGAUAGUUUAAUA